AUGAAUGAAUUGAGAGAGCAAGAAGAAAACGGAAAACUAAGAGCAGAAAACGGGAAGCUAAACAGGGAAAUAAAGAAAAGUGCAAAGAAGGACAAAGCAACAUGGACGAAGAAAUUAGCACAAGAAGCGGAAGAAGCGUCAGCAACGAAUAAUAUGAGAGAACUAUAUAAAAUAACGAAAAUAUUAACCAGUAAAAGCUACAACCCCUACAAACCAUUAUACGACAAACAAAAACAACUCAUUACAACACCUGAAGAACAAGUGAAACGAUGGCAGGAAUAUUACACAGAACUAUUUGAAGAAGAAGAUAUGGAAACAGAAGCAGCAAGCAUAGAGGACAAUGAGGAAAGGUACGAGCUACUGAAUAUCAUUACCGAAAAUCCAUCCCGAGAGGAAGCCAAAGAAGCGAUCAAACACAUGAGGAAUAACAACUGGCCAGGAGCUGACGAAAUACCUGCGGAAAUAUGGAAAGCGGACCCAGUGAGCACAAUAGAACUACUAAUACCAUUAAUAGAGGAUAUCUGGACAAACAAAGAGAUACCAAAAGAAUGGAAGAAUGAGAUAAUAGUAAAAUUACCCAAGAGAGGCGACAUAAAAGAAUGUAAGAACGGAAGAGGAGUGACCACAGCAAAUAAAAUUCUGGCACAUAUAAUCAACCAACGAAUAAAGCAGAAAAUAGACAAUACUCUGAGACAAGAACAAGCGGGUUUUAGAAGAGGUAGAUCCUGUAUAGAUCAAAUCGCAACGAUGAGAAUGAUAAUAGAAGAGACAAUCGAACGAAACGCAAACCUGAUCCUCGUCUUCGUGGACUUUGAGAAAGCAUUCGAUAGGAUAAAGCGUGGAACAAUGUGGAAAAUAUUAAAGCAGAAGGGGAUCUCGGAAAAAAUGAUAAGCCUCAUCAAAAUGAUGUACAGAAAUGCAACGUGUCAAGUCGAACAUCACGGAUAUUUAACAAAUAAAAUAAAAAUAAAAAAAGGGGUCAAGCAAGGCCCACUACACAAUAAGAAACUAGCAGACCUAGACUACGCAGACGAUAUCUGUUUAAUGUCAAGCAACGAAAAAGAUAUUAAAAGGAUGUUAGGAAAACUUGAAACAGUGCUAAUGAAAACGGGAAAAACUCUAACACAAGAAAAAUUACUUUUGAAUCAACGAAAAAUAAAGGAAGUAAACGAGUUCUGCUACUUAGGAAGCGUAAUGAGCAUGGAGGGAGGAACGGAAGAAGACAUAAAGCAAAGGAUUUGGAAAGCACAAGGGGCCUUCGGAACACCAAAGAACAUCUGGUCAUCGCCACCUAUCACGCAAAAUACUAAGUUACGAAAACAACAACAACGAAUACAAAUUUUUGUCAACAAAAUGUCUACGCAAAAUACUGAAAAUAUACUGGCCAAGAAAGAUUAG